CCUGUCAAAGGCUUCGCAGCGCAGCCCUGGCCUGUGCGCGGCUCGCCCCGGUGGCUCCUCCAGCCAUGAACAGCGAGGACCAGUUUUACGCCUCCAGCCAGCUCUUCAAGGAGCCGUGCGCCUUUCAGAGAUCCCAGCCGCAGGAUUAUAGCCAGAGCCCCCCCGCGUGCCUGUACAUGGGUAGGCAGCCCCAACCGCAGCAGCAGCAGCAGCAGCCCCCGUACCCGAGUGUUUUGGGGGCCUUGGAGCAAGGCAGCCCGCCGGACAUUUCCCCCUACGAGGUGCCCCCCAUCACCGACGACCCAGGCAUUUCACAUCUCCAUCACCACCCUCACCACCAGCACCACCACUCUCAACUGCCUCACUCGCACCAGGAAGCGCUCACCUUUGCAGAUGGGGCGGACUCUGGGGUGCUAGGAGAGCCCAGAGUGCACUUGCCAUUCCCCUGGAUGAAAUCCACCAAAUCCCACGCCUGGAAGGGACAGUGGGCUGGCACGGGCGGCUCUUUCGUGGUGGAGCAGGAGGAGAAUAAGCGCACGAGGACCGCCUACACGCGGGCGCAGCUGCUGGAGCUGGAGAAGGAGUUCCUCUUCAACAAGUACAUCUCGCGGCCUCGCCGGGUGGAGCUGGCCGUCCUGCUGAACUUGACCGAGAGGCACAUCAAGAUCUGGUUCCAGAACCGGCGGAUGAAGUGGAAGAAGGAGGAGGACAAGAAGCGAGGCGCCGGCGGAGGAGGGAGCAGCCAGGAGCCCGAGCAAGACUGCGCCGUGUCGUCGGGGGAACUGGCCGGGAAAGAGCAGGGCGAAGAGGAGCGCUCGGCGCCCAGCCUGCUCCCGGUGGAACUGCUCCCCUCCAGCCCCGACGCCUCGCCAAGGCGGCAGCAGGACGCACGGUGAAGGAAGCCCAGGCUCCGGAGCCUGCGGGAAACGCAGGAGGAGCAGAUCUGGCAACCUGUCUUGGACGUCUGUCACCACCGUCCCACAAGAUAAGCCCUCAGAGGUUUCUGGUCCCAUCUCGUCCGAGGGGACAACAUGGUGCCCUCAAGGUGUCACUGUGGACUACAACUCCCAUCAACUCUAGCCACCCUGAUGCCUUUGAGAUGUUCUGGACUGUGAGCCCUAACUCAAUUUGAUGCCCUCUAGAUGUGGACUGCAACUCCCAUCAGCGCUAGCCUGUAUCACCAACAUUCCCACCAAAGGGAUGAUGGGAGUUGUAGUCCACAACAUCUCCAGGGGACCUGCUGUAGACUGCAGCAUCCCUGGGCGGGGGCAGGCGCAAAAAGAAGGGAACUCUCAGGUGUGGGGACGAGGGGAUCCUCCAGGUGUUGCUACAACUCCCAAAAUCCCUGACCAUUUGGUCAUACUGGCCGGAGCUCUUGGGAUCUGGAGUCAAAGGUUCCCUGCCCCAUGACCUAAGGAAAGAGGGGAGGAAAACAUGAGUAUUUCCCCCUUCAAAUCUUUAGUGUCUUGUUUCUUUUCAUUUUUUAAAAAAGCAAUCUCAAUUAAGAAGCCUUUUUUUUAACGUGCUUGUUUAAAAUGUUUUUGAAAAUUGGAUAUUUAAGAGAUUAUUCUAUAUUAAUAAAUAUUCAGACAUUGGGGGGAAAUUAUGUAGGUGUAAGUAUAAGGACAUCCUUUAGACUCCUUGCAUUAGAAUGGAAUUGGGAAUAUCAUUCCCUGGUAAACAAGGAAGACACGACACAUGUUUGGUGACUGGAGUGUGGGGCUCACUGGAGGAAAGAUGGUUGGAAGUGUAGCAAGAUAUUUUUUUCAGUCCAGCAGCCUGCAAUAACUGUUACGGGAUUGCAGCGCUAACAGUGUCUGUACAUAAAAAGGUGCUUUCAAGUGAUUUAGAAUAUUGGCCCAUCUAUAUUAUUCAAGCCAGCCUUUCCUGGAGAUGCCCAGGGACUGAACCUGAAAUCUUCUGCACGCAACACAGAUGCAUGAAUGCCUAGUUGAGGCCCUUCCUGUGGGAAUGUUCAGGGAUGCAGGAGAGGGUAUAUUGCUUGAUUAUAGCCUUUCCAACUUGUGUAAACAAGUUCACAAUUUCGCAG